CGUGGACUGCAAACUAUUGCGGCUCAACAAGUGGCUUGUGGAUAGAGUUCAACAGAAGUUAGACAAACAGCUGUGAUUGAGGAGCUUUUCGAGCCCUUUUUACUUUAUUUUGUUUGAUAAACUUGUUCUUAAUGUUUUGAUUCAUCCUGGAGUUCUGUUCCCACUGCUGCUUUUUGGCGUUUCAUUUGGCCAGACAAUCCCGGCUGUAAAGAGACUUCACCUGCGCCGGAUUUGUUUGACCUGAUUAGGUUCGCUUGGACACUUUUAAUUGGCUGCCUUACACAUUGAGCGCUUGAAACUCAAAGUGUGUAGUGGCACGAUGUACAGCAUGAUGGAAUAUGAACUGAAGACCGCGGGUCAACCUCAUCCCCACCACAACAGUCCAGGGAUGUCUCCUCAGGUCAGCGGGGCUGGAAACGCGCACCACGGAUCAAAAACCUCUUGUCCACCCGGCGGGGACCCCAUGGACAAAGUGAAGCGCCCCAUGAAUGCGUUUAUGGUGUGGUCCCGGGGUCAGCGGAGAAAGAUGGCACAGGAGAACCCCAAAAUGCAUAACUCGGAGAUAAGCAAACGCCUCGGGGCGGAGUGGAAGCUUUUAACGGACACCGAGAAGCGGCCGUUCAUCGAUGAGGCCAAACGGUUGCGGGCCGUACACAUGAAGGAAUACCCCGACUACAAAUACAAACCUCGGCGCAAGACCAAAGCUCUCCUCAGGAAGGACAAUCCCGUCGGUAAAUAUCCUCUCGCAGCCGGGAGCCUGCUGGCAUCAGCCGUGGCACAGGGACAAGGUGGGAGCCCGAGAAUGGACGGCUAUGGCUGGGGUCACACCGGCGCUUAUAUGGGAAUGCAGGGUGAAGCACUCGGAUACCCGCAACAGCUGCACCGGUACGACCUAUCAGCUCUCCAGUACCCCCCGGCACAGACGUACAUGAACGGCGCCAGCUCUUACAGCCAAAUGUCAUAUGGUGGCAGCCCUCAGCAGCCCAGUCCAGUGAUGUCUAUGGUUAAAUCAGAACCACUAUCCCAUUCGCCUACUGGCCACCACCGUGGGGCUUUCCAAGGGGACCUGAGGGACAUGAUUAGCAUGUAUAUUCCAAGUGGUGAUACCAGCGAUAGCUCAAACCAGAGAACCUACCCUGGUGUCCAACAGCACUAUCUUGGUGGAACUGUUCCCCUCACUCAUAUCUGAAGUUUAGGGAAUGCUCCCUGAACUCCUAUUAGUUGGACCCUUAUUGGGACCGUAUAGUGCCACAAAUAGACUGUAUGGAUUACUGAACACUUCUGAUUGUUUACUACCUCCUUGCUGUGAAUGAUCUGAAGUUGUCUGUUGAACCUGUAUAGCUAAUUUUGCUGUUUCAGUCCCUUGUUUUCUGUCUUUGCAACUGUUACACUAUGACCAGGCGUAACUUCUCAUCACAUUAAGGUCAAGUCUGCUGUUUUCUCUAUUCCAGAUAUUCUUGCACAGCCAUCCUGUUUGUUCCACGAAUAGAUUUUUUUUUUUAUAAGUAUUCUUUUGUGCUCCGUGCAAUGUUUAGAACAUGCGUUGUUCAUGCAGCAGUGGGCAAUCAUUAACACAAGUCCAAUUGUGGUACAAAACGGGGUGAAACCGCAUAUUGGGAACUCCAAAAAACAGGUCAGCUAAUAAUGAUCGCAAUGGCCAGUGAUGGUAUAUGUGACCUUGAGGAGAGGAAAAAUUUAGUUUUGUAUGCCCAAACUGGCUUAGCACAUGGAAUAACUGAGUGAUGUAACCUUUAAGUGUCUCUUUAAAUUUGGGUAUUGAUAUAGUAAAGUGUUUUGGAAAAUCUCAGGGCUUUCUUGAAAUAAAUAGCAGGACAUAACAGUAUAGAUCCGUUUUAACUUUCCUUCAUAUAAUUAGAAAUCUUUGGAACUGUUACCCAAUUUGUAAUGGAGAGGAGAAAAAAGUAAUUCAGUCACAAUCUGCUUUUUCCUAUUUUUAAUAAUAGCUGUAAAUUCAAAUGUACCAUACCAGUGUGCACAUAAGUUUGUGAACAAACUUUUUUUGUUUGUAGUGUUUUUUUUUGUUUGUUUUUUUUAUUUUUAUUUUUUGUUGUUUUUUUUGCACUCCUGUAAAUGGCGAAUUUUUGCCAUAUUUACAGACUGCUAAAUGUUUAGUUUGUCUGGCCUAGCAUUCCAGCUUUUCCCUCUUAUGGGUCAAACUCAAUUGCACUGAUCUUCGCUGUCAGUCAAUGCACUUCGUUAGACUAGGAGGCUAUCGACUAAUCACCUGGUCAUUUUCAUUCUACCACAGCACAUUAAGUUUGCUUCUGCCAUUACAGUAUGGUUGACCAGUGAGUUCAGUCAACCUGACUGAAUAUUUCUUUUGGCUACACUUUUUUUUUUUUUUUUUUUUUUUUUAAACCCCCCCACAGUGACCUUGGUCCUUUGUCAACAAAAUGCAAAGUUAUGUCAGUCUUGAAGUUUGUUUUGAACUCAAACUGUGCAGGUGGCAUUUUGUGGCAGUCAAAAUUUAAGUUUGUCAGUCUGGCUUAUUGUUGCCAGAAAGUUUGGUCAGUUAGUUACUAAUGUUUUGGUUAAUUAAAUGAUUUAAGCACAAUGAAAAGUUUACAUUGCCAUUGAAGUAAGUUUGCAGCUUGCUGUUUAAUUUUUCUUUUUUUUUAAAUGGUUUUAAUGUUGGUUGUAAAUACCUUUUGUACAGGUUUAUUUUUUUGUGGCUCUUAUUAGGGCCAUUCUUACAGAAUAAAAAUGACAACACAACAUCUAGUCUC